AAUCACUUCUGGGAUUUUUAUUUUUUCUUAAACCAAAAACCACUGAAAAUUUUGAAAACAAAAAUGUUUUUUCUUAGUUUUUGUUAUAAAACUUUGUAAAUAAGUGAUUUUUUCCUUCACUGAUGUGCGCUAAUGAGGCUGCAGUGAUGGGCACUGAUAGGCUGCACUGAUUGACACUGAUAGGUGGCACUGAUGGGCACUGAUGAGGAGGCACUGUAGGUGACACUGAUUGGCAUUGAUAGG